GGAAAGCCCGGCCCGAGGAUGAGCUCCUGAAGGCUGCAGCAUCCUCCCCCGAAUCAAGAUGACGACAGCCGCACCACUGAUCAAUAAUACUCAGUUCUCAGCAAAUGUGACCACAAAGUCUCAAGAACCAAGUCUCUAUCAAAGUUCUGGAGCAAUAGUCGCUGCCAUCGUAGUAGGAGUGAUUAUUAUUUUUACAGUGGUUCUGCUCAUAUUGAAAACAUAUAACAGACGCAUGAGAGCGAAGCGGGAGCUGGAACCCAAACCCACCACCAAACCAGCAAUGCCACCUGCUUUAGGGCAGAACAGCAACAGCCUGUCUCAGCACCCUACAGUGACUUUCAUACCUGUGGAUAUCCACAUGCAGAACAGAUAACCGGGAACGCUCGUCCUCCCUGCGAGAGAAGAGAACUGGAAUUCUUAUUUACGUGGACUUGGGACUCCUCAGCAAAGCGACGCUGCAUUUGGAAUAGCGACGAGCGGUUACUUUGUCUAUAGAUUGUAAUUAAUCCUGCUUUCUCUCUUUGGGAGGAAAAAGAAAAGGCCUGGACACUUUUCGUAUCACUGAAAUCGACCGGCGGAGGCAUACAAAUCAUCAGAAACGCAGUGAGCCUUCUUACAGAGCUCUGGGGUAUGGAGAGACCGAAUAAACCAAGCCCAUGCGUUGGAAGAAAAGAUGCGCGCUCGUAUUUUGUGGAGCUUUCGCUUACUCAGAGAGUUUGAGCUUUUUCUGGUCUGCAAUGACUGAUGAUAAACUGGAAGAAAAAUUUGGGCAUGCAAGCUACAACUCAGGUUGAACCUGGGUUUGUUAUGAUUUAUGUGGAACAGGUUUGUAGUCUAUUUUAUACAUGAUGGAUAGUACAGGAAGUAUCAAAAUUGUAUUUAUCUUUACUCAUCUUUCAUGUUUCUAAUGCCACAUAUGUAUGGUUUGAGAUAAAAGAGAAAAAGUUACUUUUUAUUUUCAAGUAUUUUAAAAAUAUUUCUAUAAACUUGGUAACCUAUCCAUUU